AUGGCCAGAAGAGCACCCUGUCAAUAUUGUAAGCAGAGAAGAAGGAAAUGUGAAAGAAGCUGCGAAUCAGAACCAUGUACUCGGUGUAUCAAAAUGAAAAGAAAAUGCAUACCUCAAGAGUUUUCGAGUAGUAGUGAUUCUAGUGUAGGAGAUGAUGACGAAGUAAAUGAAAGAAGAUAUAAUGACCUGUACCAACAAAUUGAAGAAUUACAAAUUGAACUACAUAAUCUUGAAAUUGAUCUGAAUAAACAAAGGUCAACCGCAGCACUUAUUAAAAGCGAACCCACGUGGACUUUGCAGAUCGAGAAUGGACAAUUACGGCUUCAGACUGAAAUCAAGAGCUUUGAAGAACUAUCACUCUAUGGAAAGGCAUUCUUACGCUAUCUGUCACCUUUUGGAAACACAUUUAAAAAAGUUUCAUUAGUGUUUGAAAAUGCCCAGCCAUAUGCGCUUCAUAAGGCUAUAACAGACUUAACCAGGCUAGCUGUUGAUAAUGGCAGUGCAAACAAUAACAUGUAUUCAAAUAGCAUGAUAGCACGUUAUAUAAAACCAGAAGCAUUCAUUGAUGGACUGAUCGAUAUACACUUUCAUUGCUUCGAUGUCUGGUUACAGGCAAUCCAUGAACGCUCAUUUAGGAAGAGAAUAGAAAAGAUAAACAAACUAGAGGAUCCCACAACACUAGCGAUUUGUGCGAGCGCAUCUGUGCACAUAUGUCGACAUAGUUUUCUCAAUUCACAAGAAAAGAGAUAUGUUGGUGAAUACUUUUAUAAAAAAUGUAUGGAAAAGUUAAUAGAUAUGUUUGAUGAUCCAGAACGAGAAUUGGAGUCACUCGUCAUUAUAAACAUAAUUCAACCAUUCUUGUUUACCACGAUGAGAUUUAACGAAUGCAAGAAAUGGUCUUCUAUCGCUUGGAUACUCGCAGAGAGCUUGACUAAAAAGCACCCAGGCUACGCAAACGGAGACGCAUCGCUAGAUAUGAAUACUCGAAUAUUUUAUGCAACGAUUCACCGUAACCAUCUGGCUGCACGUGGCAUUUUAUCCAUAGUUGACCUCUUCUUCAAUCAUCGAUGCGAAUGCAUUGAACAUAUUCCUUGUCGAUUUGACUUCUUACCUGAUGAAAAUUCCCUAAUAAGAUACUCGUUUGAAGCAUUAAACUACGUUAUACAGCUUGAAUCACAUCCAUUCAUGAGUAGAGUGCACAAACGUACGAUGAAAGCACUUGUAGGAGAAAAAAUAGAUUUGACCUUUGAAGAUAUCGUAUGUCACGAGGGUUUUCUGGUCGAAUGGUGGCAGAACCUUCCGGAAUAUAUGAAGAUCAGUGAAGAACCUUACAAUUGUACUAAAGAAUUGAUCGAUUCGUGCAAUAGUGUCCAGAAGCUGACCAUGUCUCUAUAUAUUCACAGUGUGGCUAUAAACAUUCACGCAAACCUUGUGAAUAUAAAGAUCAAUGGCAAUACAGCACAAAUCGUAAAAGAUAAAGCAAUCUAUUUAGCAUUGUAUGCUGCCGAAAUCAUCUUAAUCUUGGCUAAAAAGAUUGAAAAUCUAGAAGAGAUUUGUUUCUCUACAGGAAAAUUACUGUUCAGAGUCAUGGAUGCUCUUACGUUUCUCGUGCAAAGCAAAGAUCCCUCGGUUACAUUAUCAACAAGAAAGAAAAUUGAAGAAUACAUGACUGUAUUUGAAAGCGUGAUAUAUUUGGAUCAAGAAGUUGCCACACAUACUUCACCUCUAACCUUGAUUUCAUCCACUUCAUCCGUAUCUAUUCAAGAAUUGUACAAAAAUUAUCCCCUCCCUGCACAAGCAUUACUGUUUGACGUUGUACACAAAACAAUCAAGGAUGUUAUAAAUGUAUAA